AUGAUAUUACGAGGAGGUAGAAUUAAAUUAACGUUUAAUACAACAACUUCAGCACAAUUCCACUCCAUACUGGAUAAGUGUUGUUGGAAGGUGCUUAGACGGUCCUUAACGUUUGAUUCGCCAAGUAACAACAAUGGUAUAAGUAGACUUUGUAGGAGCGGUGGCAUGGUUAGAAAUGGAAACAAUUGUAGGGACAUUACCAAGCAACAACAGCAACAACGACUUACUGGAAAUAUACUUAGGAGGAUGAAAACUAAUUGGGAGAACGGUAGUGGUAUUGGAGAAAGAGAGGAGGUUACAAAUUUGAACGUUAGUAACAAGACACAAAUAAUGAACGCGAUAACAAGCAUACAGGAAUUCUUCGAAUACACAAAGAGAGAUUGUAAGGGUAUUCCAAUAAAUCAAUAUAAUAUUGAUGAAUUAUGGUAUUGUUAUGUGAAUCAAAACCAUAACUUUUUAAAUAACAUACCAAUUCAUAUUCAUUUAAGAUUAUUAACAUCCUUAUAUGAAGAAAAAGACAUAGAAAAAUUAGUUAAAAGUAAUGAAAUAAUUACAGCCGAGGAAUUAUUUGGGAAAGUUGGAAGAGAAUAUGAAGAUGUGAAAAUAUAUAAUAGUAUGAUGAAUGGAUAUGUUAAAGAGAAAAACGUCACAAAGGCAUUACAUUUAUUAGAAUUGAUGCAAAGGAAUGGGAUUAAACCGAGUCUAAUAACCUAUAAUAUUUUGUUGAAUUUAUUUGGUAACUUAAAAGCGCAAAUUCAGGCCGAACAAGUGUUUGGAUAUAUGAAGGAAGCCGGGAUUGAACCUGACAUUACAAGUUAUUGUGGAAUCAUGUUAUCUUGUGCAAAUAAUAAAAAUAUUGAAAAAUGUUUUUAUUAUUUUAAACAAUUGAUUGAAAGAGGAAUUAAACCAAACAUUUACAUUUAUUCUAUUUUAAUGUCGGCAUGUGUUAAAACGGGAUAUACAAGGGAAGCGAUUAGAUGGUUUGAAAGGAUGGUUCACGUUUCAAAAAUUAAACCUAAUGUCGUUACUUUAACGACAUUGAUUUGCGCUUGGAUUAAAAAUAAACCUCUCAUAUUGAAUAAUGAUACCAUAGAUCACAUAUUUGAGGAUAUUAAAAGGUAUGGAGUACCAGAUUUAAUAGCUUAUACAGCGUUAAUUAAUGCAAAAACAAAACAAUUGAAAUUGGAUGAGGCAAUUUUCGUUUAUCAACAAAUGCUUAAAGAUGACAUUAAACCUAAUGUAUACACUUAUACUAUUUUAGUGGAUGCUUGUGCUAAAUUAGGAGAUUUACACACUUCUCUGAAAUUAUUCGAAGAUAUGAAAAAAAGUGACAUCCCUCCUAAUCAGUUCACUUAUUGUGCUAUUAUGGUCGCUUUUGUUAAUAAUGGUCAAUUAUCAAAUGCGUUUAAAACCUUUGAAGAAAUGAAACGAUAUGGAUUACAACCUGAUAUAGCAUGUAUUAAUUGUUUAAUGGAUGCCUGUAAUCGCUCUGGGUUAAUGUCUUUAUUAUUUCAAUUAUAUUCUGAUUUAACUGAAAAAUAUAACUUGAAACCCGAUAAUAGGACCAUAUCAAUUUAUAUCGAUGCUUGUGCUCACAAUGACCAAUUUCAUAUUGGAAAAAUUUUUUAUAGGGAUUUGAUUAAAAACCAAUCUCCUAUUAUUACUUUAAAUAUUCAAAAUUUCUUAUCUAUAAUUAAUUUAUUAGGCAAAAAUGGUUACGCUAGUGAAAUUGUUAAAGUAUUAAAGGUCAUGAAACAAAGGUUAAUUAAACCGGAUAAAACCAUUAAACUAGCCAUUCUCUCUUAUUUAUAUGAAUUGGAUAAGAGAAAAGAGAUUGAGGACGUUAAUCAUAUCUUAAAUGGUUGGACUUCUAUUCCAAAUAAAAGAAAUCACCCUAAUGCUAACGAAGACGAAAUAUUUGAAGAGUACGACAAAUUGAAACAAG